AUGCAGGAGUGGAAGAGGGCCAUAGAAAUGCAGAUUGAAGAUUGCGGUUACGACUUUUAUAUCACCGCACAAAACUACAGAGCUAUGCAGGAAUGGAAGAGGGCCAUAGAAAUGCAGAUUGAAGAUUGCGCCAUCUGGGGCGAGUUCGCCUACCGGAACACGAAGUUAACGUUUGAGAAGCCAAUCGAUCCUGUGAAAGAGACACUGAGUAGAGCUGCAGGCAAAUGUCUCUACGAUAAGAUAGGUAGGGUAUACUUCUAUGCAGUAACAAACUAAUA